UGUCAAGAGAUGACGACCGACUGCAUCAUAGCUUCAGCAUAUAUAAAUCCCACUUAAUAACAAACUAUUUUCCUCUAAUCUACCCAUCUCCCAUCUCUCGUCCGUCUCUUCAUCUCUUUCAAUCGCCCAAACACCUCAAAAACGAAGCCAUGGCCGUAAUCGGGACCCCCCCACUAGAGCCUGCCACAAACACCAGCAAUGACCAUCUCGUGAAGUCGGAUGACUCCCAACACCCCGCCAACCUCAUCCCCGAGCUCUGCGCAAAGUUCUGGCACCUGGGCUGGGUCACAGGAACCGGCGGGGGAGCCAGCAUCCGCCAGGAUGACCUCGUCUACCUCGCACCCUCCGGCGUGCAGAAAGAGCUCAUGAAGCCCGAAGACAUCUACGUGCUCUCGCUGAAGGCGCAGACCGACCCAAAACAGCGCAUCUACCUACGCUCCCCGCCGUCCUUCAAGCCUUCGCAAUGUACCCCGCUCUUCCUGGCAGCGUUCAACAAGCGCAACGCCGGGUGCUGCAUCCACACGCACUCGCAGUGGGCGGUGUUGAUUACGUUGCUGCUGGAGCAGAGCGGGGCGGAGACGGAUAUCUUUGAGAUUAAUAAUAUUGAGCAGAUCAAGGGGUUUGGGAGGGGGUUCCAGAAGACGGGGAAUCUGGGGUACCAUGAUACGUUGAGGAUUCCGGUGAUUGAGAAUACGCCGUUUGAGGAGGACCUGACGGAUAGCUUGGAGGCGGCGAUGGAUAAAUACCCGGAUACUUAUGCGGUGUUGGUUAGGAGACAUGGGAUCUACGUGUGGGGUGAGACUGUUCACAAGGCAAAGACACAGUGCGAAAGCUUAGACUACCUCUUCCAGCUCGCCGUUGAGAUGAAGAAGCUCAGCCUCCCAUGGCUGAGCAACAUAGUUUAGAACAAAAUGCCAAUACAACAUUGAAAUUGAAGGAAGAACUGAAUUGGCAAUUCCCCUAACUACUUCUUGAACGGACCGAUUAAAAGAUUAUUACGCGAUAUGGUACCCUCAUUCAUAUUCCAUACGCCGCUAUUCCAAGGACACCCACCCGAGACACAAAUCAAGGCCACCAUCUUACAAUGCGAGCAUCAUGGCGAACAGACCAAGACC